UUAUAUUUCAUCUUCUCUUCCCCAAAAACAAACCCUAGCUCAACCCCUUCUUCCACCGGCGGUUUUCCAACCACCCUUCCAGUCUCAUUUCCAGCCGCGUGAGUUUGUCCAAGGAUGUCGGAUGACGAGAGAGAGGAGAAGAAGGAGUUGGAUCUCACUAGUCCCGAGGUCGUCACCAAGUACAAGAGCGCCGCCGAAAUCGUAAACAAGGCCUUGCAACUGGUCUUGUCGGAUUGCAAGCCGAAAUCCAGGAUUGUUGAUUUGUGUGAAAAGGGUGAUGCCUUCAUUAGAGAGCAAACUGGAAACAUGUAUAAGAAUGUGAAGAAGAAGAUUGAAAGGGGUGUUGCUUUUCCGACGUGCAUUUCGGUUAAUAAUACUGUUUGCCAUUACUCUCCUUUGUCCUCUGAUGAGAAAGUGUUGGAAGAUGGUGAUAUGUUGAAAAUUGAUAUGGGGUGUCACAUAGAUGGUUUUAUAGCAGUGGUUGCACACACACAUGUGCUUCAGGAAGGACCAGUUACUGGAAAAGCUGCUGAUGUUAUUGCUGCAGCAAAUACUGCUGCUGAAGUUGCUUUGAGGCUUGUGCGACCUGGAAAGAAGAACUCUGAUGUAACAGAAGCCAUUCAGAAGGUUGCUGCAGCUUAUGAUUGCAAGAUUGUUGAGGGUGUUUUGAGUCAUCAAAUGAAACAAUUUGUUAUUGAUGCAAACAAAGUUGUGCUGAGUGUAUCCAACCCUGAAACUAGAGUUGAUGAUGCAGAAUUUGAAGAAAAUGAGGUUUAUUCUAUUGAUAUUGUGACAAGCACGGGUGAAGGAAAGCCAAAGCUGAUAGAUGAGAAGCAAACAACUAUAUAUAAGAGGGCUGUUGAUAAAACCUAUAGCUUGAAGAUGAAAGCGUCAAGAUUCAUCUUUAGUGAAAUCAAUCAGAAGUUCCCAAUCAUGCCCUUCAAUGCCAGGGAUUUGGAAGAAAAGAGGGCCCGUUUAGGACUGCUUGAAUGUGUUAACCAUGAUCUUUUACAGCCAUAUCCUGUUCUACAUGAAAAACCUGGUGAUUUGGUUGCACACAUAAAGUUCACGGUUCUGUUAAUGCCCAAUGGAUCUGAUAGGAUCACGUCACAUCCUCUCCAGGAGCUGAUCACAACAAAGGAAAUUGACAAUGAACCUGAGAUAAAGGCAUGGCUAGCCCUUCCUAUAAAGACCAAGAAGAAAGGCGGGGGGAAGAAAAAGAAAGGUAUGAAAGAUGAAAAGGCCGAAUCGCCAUCUCAAGCCGACCCGAUUGAGGAAGCUGCAAAUUGACUGUUCUUAGUGAAAUGUUUCUUCCUACGAGUUAACUUGUUUCAAAUUCUCUCCUCCAAGGAUAUAGCAUGACCUGUUGAGCUGAUUUGUGCUUCUUUCUUGCCAUUGUGCAUGUUUUCGUCCAACAUUAAUUAUAAAACGCAACGAAUGCUUAAUCUGCGUGUUUGUUCAAUGCAAUGCUUUUCAAGUUUUGGAGACAUCAUUUUGAGCUUAUUACUUUAUUUUAUGAUUCUAUGAUUGUUCUAUCCAAAGUGCAUUAAGUUUGGUUCAUAUAUUUGUAUCGAAGUUGAACUUAAAAAAUAUAUGCAUCAGUCAGUA